AUGCGUUUUUCUACAUUGUCGGCCGCGACAUUGCUGGCAUCGGCUAACGCUCAUGAAUUACUUCUUGAACGGGAAUUGCCUCCAGCAGUAGCCCUUAACCCCGAUAAUUACGCUUCGUGCGCAAACGCAGCGUGGCCUCCCACGACCUCAGAAGUGGGUGUAGAGCUCGUACCACAAGCCCCCGACGAUGAGCUCAAAGCACUUGUAGACGAGAUCAGCUCCGCGAAUAUCCAAGCCACCAUUCAGAAACUUGUUUCUUUUGGCACUCGCCACACGCUAUCCACGCAAAACAGCAGUACCCGUGGCAUUGGUGCAGCACGCGAUUGGAUUGCGUCGGAGAUGAGGAAAUACGCUGAGGAAUCGAACGGUCGUAUGACUGUCUCUGUGCCUGGAUAUGUUCAAGGCGUUGCGUCUAGGAUCCCGUUUCCGGUCAAGAUUUCAAAUGUGCUGGCGACUAUCAAGGGCUCUGCAACGCCAGAUAAAGUGUAUGUGAUGACAGGACAUUACGAUAGUCGAGUCACAGACGUAUUGGAUUAUACGUCCGAUGCUCCAGGUGCAAAUGACGAUGCCAGCGGCACUGCCAUCGCUAUCGAAUUGGCUCGUGUUUUAGCCAAGGCAAAACCGAGAUCCACCAUCAUUCUCGGUGCCGUGGCUGGUGAAGAGCAAAAUCUCUACGGCUCCACCUUCCUCGCGCAAACCCUCAAAAACGCAUCCACAAACGUGGAAGGCAUGCUCAACUGCGAUAUCGUCGGCUCCUCAACCGGUGACCGCGGCCAGAAAGAUCCCUACACGAUCAGGGCCUUCGCGCAAGGUCCGCCCUCUUACGAGUCCACGACUGUUGCAGCACAGCGUCUGCAGAUUGGUGGAGAAAACGACUCGCCUGCUCGCGAACUCGCGCGCUUCUCCGCCGAAGUAGCCGCGAAUAAUGUUACCGGCAUGAACAUCGCCGUUAUCUACCGUCUUGAUCGCUUCCUGCGAGGCGGCGACCAUAGGCCCUUCUUGGACGCAGGAUACCCGGCUAUCCGCUACACGGAGCCUAACGAGAACUUCAACCACCAACAUCAGGAUUUGCGCGUCGUGAAUGGUACGCAGUAUGGCGACCUUGUCGAAUUUGUAGACUUCGAGUACACCGCUCGCGUGGGUAAAGUCAACCUUGCGACCCUGUGGUCGUUGUCAGAAGCCCCGGGCUACCCACGCAAUCUCACUGUCGAUACUACCGCGCUGGACAACAAUACACGACUGAAGUGGAUCGUCCCUGACGAUGCGAAUCUGAAGGGGUAUGAGGUGGUGUGGAGGUCUACGACAGCGAGUGUGUGGACGCACGUUUUGGAUGUGGGUAAGGUAGGCAGUGUGACAAUACCGUUGAGCAAGGAUAAUGUGAUCUUUGGGGUGAGGGCUGUGGGAGCGAACGGAUACAAGAGUACUGCAUCGUACCCAUUCCCUGGAUAG